UAUCAUUCCCUUCCCAAUUCCCGCCACCAUGGCCUUAACCCUAAUGAAGCUUAUUCUCUUCUCAUUCCUUGUUUCUUCCACCGUACUCACUGCAAAAUCCGAACUCCUAACCUCCAAGCGCGAGAAGCUCACUCGCUUCCGCGUGUAUAUGCAGGAAAAAUUUGCCGGGAGCAACGCCACCGACAUAACCGUGGCCCAGGCAUCGACGACUAACCAAUCCGCCACGUCAUUCGGUCUAGUAAGGGUUUUCGACGAUGCACUAACCGUGGGCCCCGAGAAGAGCUCGAAGAAGGUGGGCGCAGUACAGGGCAUGUUCGCAUGCGCAUCCCAAAGCGAGUUCGCCUUGUCGAUGUCCAUGACCUUCACGUUCACGGCGGGGAAGUACAACGGGAGCACUUUGACUGUUGUGGGGAGCAACUUGCUGUCGUUGAAGGUGAGGGAAAUGCCUAUCGUGGGUGGAACUGGUCUUUUCCGGUUGGCCCGGGGUUAUGUUCGGACCAGCACUUACUCGUCGGACCUGAAGAAUGAACUCUUCGUCCUUGCAUAUGAUUUCUAUGUGUACCACUAUUGA